UUUAUGCAUUUCUUCAAUGAAGAUUCCCCAAAUCACAAUCUUAAUCUCUACCUCCUCCUCCGCCGCCGUCGAACGCCGCUUCUUUCUCAUUUCCUGCCACCGGAACCACCGGAAAACUGAGAUUCUUCUCCGAUGUAUCUCACAGUUCUUUCGAUUUUGCUAUUACUACCUGUGAUCUUCAUUUUCAAGUUCAUAUACUCAGUGAUUUACCUUCCAUGGAAGUUCGAAAAACACUUCAGGAAGCAAGGAAUCAGAGGCCCCGGCUACCGUCUGAUCUACGGAAACACAAAGGAAAUCAGACGGCAGAUUAGUGAAGCUGAAUCGAAAUCAAUUCCGUUUAAUCACAACGUGCUGCACCGAAUUGCUCCUCAGUACUACAACUGGUCCGCCAUUUACGGGAAGACUUUUUUGUGGUGGUUCGGGAUGAAGCCCCGAUUGGCUAUUUCUGACCCGGAUAUGAUUAAAGGGCUUUUCAUGAAUAAAGCAGUGGAUAAAGUUGAAUUUGAUCCACAAACUAAGCAGCUGUUUGGACAAGGACUUGUUGGUUUGCGAGGUGAACAAUGGGCUUUGCAUAGGAGGAUUGCAAACCAGGCUUUUAACAUGGAGAUUGUUAAGGCUUGGGUACCAGAUAUUGUGACUAGUGUUAUCAAGGCAUUGAAGAAAUGGGAAAAAGAAAAUGAAGAGAAGGAAGAAUUUGAAAUAGAUGUCUUCAAAGAAUUGAAUGAUCUCUCAGCUGAGGUUAUAUCUAGAACAGCUUUUGGGAGUAGCUUUGAAGAGGGGAAACGCAUAUUUGUGUUGCAAGAGCAACAAAUAUCUCUUACUUUGCAGGCAAUGCGAAGCAUCUACCUUCCUGGAUUUAGGUAUUUGCCCACGAAAAAUAACAUGAUGAGACGGAGACUAGAGAAAGAAACUCGAGAGUCAGUAAGGAAGCUGAUUGAGAGUAGUAAAGGGAGAGAAAAUUCUAAAAGUCUUCUUAGUUUGCUAAUCUCUGCUAGUGAAGAAGAACACGGAUUUGGGAUGGAAGAAGUCAUAAAUGAAUGCAAGACAUUUUACUUUGCUGGGAAGGAAACUACUUCUGUCUUUUUAACUUGGACACUUCUUCUUCUAGCAUUGCAUCAAGAGUGGCAAGAUAAAGCUCGAGAAGAAGUUUUCCGAGUUUGUAAGGGUAACAACCUUCCAAGUGCAGAGAAUCUGAAUGAUUUCAAGAUUGUGACAAUGAUACUCAAUGAGACACUGAGACUCUACCCACCGAUAGUCGCAUUGACAAGAGGAACUUCUAAAGAUAUCAAGUUGGGAGACCUUGAAAUUCCUGCAAAUACUCAAUUUUAUGUGUCAGUAGCUGCUGUGCACCAUGACACCGAGAUAUGGGGGAAAGAUGCACUGGAAUUCAACCCUCAGAGAUUUGCCGAGUCUCGUAAGCAUUUGGCUUCAUUUUUCCCUUUUGCAUUAGGUCCAAGAGUCUGUGUUGGGCAAAACUUAGCCAUGGUUGAAGCCAAAAUCAUCCUGGCAAUGAUAGUUAAAAAUUUCUCUCUUGCAUUGUCACCUUCAUAUGUUCAUGCUCCAACUACACGCCUUACUUUACAGCCCCAGUAUGGUGCUCCUAUCCUCUUUAGGAAGAUUUAAGUUUAAAUGUACUACUCUUCACCAUGUGAUCAGUUUGUCCAUCGACGAUAUAUAGAUCAUCGAUCAAAGCUUCAAUUAUAAACGAGUUGGAUCGAUUAUCUGAAUCAUUCAUUCUGCU